ACAGACUGGAGCAGACGCGCUUGUGACGUACAUCCGGCGUUCUACCUGAGGAAAAUGGCUGCGCCCCAGCAGCAGGCUUCGGCGGUUUCCUCUGCAGCGGGUGUGUCAGGUCCGGGUUCUGCCGGUGGCCCGGGUCCCCAGCAACAGCCGCAACCGACGCAACUGGUGGGACCCGGCCAAAGCGGGCUCCUGCAGCAGCAGCAACAGGACUUCGAUCCUGUGCAGCGCUACAAGAUGCUCAUCCCGCAGCUGAAGGAGAGUCUCCAGACUUUGAUGAAGGUUGCAGCCCAGAACCUGAUUCAGAACACUAACAUUGACAAUGGACAGAAGAGCAGUGAUGGACCCAUACAGCGAUUUGACAAGUGUCUGGAAGAGUUCUACGCUCUCUGUGAUCAGCUGGAACUCUGCUUGCGCCUGGCCCACGAAUGCCUUUCACAGAGCUGUGACAGCGCCAAGCACUCUCCGACACUGGUACCCACAGCCACCAAGCCAGAUGCAGUGCAACCGGAUAGCUUGCCCUAUCCUCAGUACCUGGCUGUCAUCAAAGCCCAGAUUACCUGUGCCAAAGACAUUCACACUGCCCUGCUGGACUGUGCCAACAAGGUCACAGGCAAGACGACUGCAGCCUCAGCUGGCCCUGGGGGCAGUCUCUGAGAAUGAAGUGCAGCCGAAGGCAAA